AUGCUGGGACUCCAGUAUACUUCUAUACUUCUUAAAUGGUAUGCGAAGUAUUUGGCCCAAGUGAUUCUUUCUGUAUCACGUAUCCUUGGUCGAGCUUUUGUUAAAGCUCUACAGGAAGAGUAUGCUGCCAGUAUGAAUGCGGCAAGGGCCCGUGCAAGUGCGGAUAAAUAUUCCAGCAAAUCGGAUCGUGGUUCAAGUUUGUCGGACAUCUCCUUGGAGGAGGCCAAGCAAAUCCUUAACAUUUCCAACAUUCAUAACGUGGAAGAAGUCGCCAAGAAGUAUGAUCAUCUUUUUACUGUGAAUGAUAAGAAGAAUGGUGGAUCUCUCUAUUUGCAGUCAAAGGUCUUUCGGGCGAAGGAGCGUAUAGACGAGGAAUUACAAGCAAAGCCCUUCAGUUCAGAGGUUUGA